AUGGGUUCUCAACCUUCCAAGCCUGCGGAGACGAAAGUGUUUAGCCCAAAAACCCAGGUUGACUUUACAAGUACGUUGCUUGCGCAAUUGGAACAAUCUACAGAAGGUGAUUACACUAGACAACAACUGGCAGAGAAAUAUCUAGAGCAAAGGGUCUCUGAGAAACUUACCCAGUUGGAAGAGGAGACGCUGAAAAAAUUCGAAGAUAAAUUAAAUACCUCCUUGCUUUCAGAAAAUGGGGCUUCCGACAAAGAGCUGUCGUCUAAAGCGUUGAGCGAGAAAGUUUCGCACCUGAACGAGCGGCUGGCAAAGUUGAGAGAAUCAAAAGCGGGUAAACUGUCGAACGAAAAUCUGAAGGAAUGCAAAGAAGUGCUCAUCAAAUGUCUGCGGGAUAACGAAGGCAAGCCCUUGAACUGUUUUGAAGAAGUACAAAAUUUCAAAAAAUUGGCCCUUCAGCAGUGA